GCCACCGCUGUCUCAUUCCUCUGAGGAGAUUUUUUUUUCUCCCCCAGCGCGAGGAAACACAGACACCUGGAAUGAUCUUCAAGUUCCGCUAUGGCACUCGACGUGACAGAAAUCCAGAAACGGGAAACUUCUUCGUUUUUCGACACCGAAAAGAUGGAAAUUAGUCACUUUUAAGGAUCGUUUGUGAAGAAGAGAUCACCGAGUAGCGACUGAAAAGCUGAACUCCCGGUCGACUCUCUCAACUAGUACUUUUUUUUUUUUGUAAAUAUUUUGCAAAACACGCGGUUUUCAGACGUUUUCGCCAUUUUUGAAAGUCACGAAUACUGUUUCCACGUCGUGGGUUGACUCCGUGGGAAAGGUAACCGUGUUUUAACGUGAGAAAACGUUUGUUUCUCGAAGGAACCGCGCUUCACGCCGUCUGUUUUUUUUUUUUUUUGUUUUUUUUUUUUGCCUUUCCCGGAUUUACCGGAUCUUAACGGAAUCGCGGUGGAGAACUUUGAGCUAUACGGACUUGUGGAGGCACACACACGAACACAGCGAAGUCGACUUCAUACUGUUUCUUUCUACUGAGGCUAAUCUAAUAUAGCAUCAUCAUCAUCAACACCACCACCUCAGAACAAACAUUUUCGAGUUUUUCUCCUGACAGGAAAAUGAGCCGUCGUUUUGUUCACGCUUUACACGGAUUAGCUAACCUUCACCGUGUGUGAAACGCUUUGCAUUUUUAUCUUAGCUAAUUAUUUCUCCUGCCUCAGGGGUGACGAGGCUAUUGGGAGCUUCUUGCGGUGUCAAAUCUGUGCUACCGCAUAAGCCGCGCGCGGGCACGGAAACGCAAGUGGUGCGCGGCGCGUGAGCAAUUCGCCUCGAGAAGCCGCGAGAGAGAGAGAGGCGCGCGGCAUCAGGAGCUGGAUACCUGUUAACUUUUCUCUGUGUGUGUGUGUGUGUGUGUGUGUUUGUGUAUGUGUGUGUGUGUGUGUAUGUGUGUGUGGCUCGUCGCCGCGGGAAGAGCAUCGUGGUCACUGUUCGGCAUUCCGUAAUGGACGCGAAAGCCUUCGGUCAAGUUUUUCACCGUCUUGUUCUUGCGGUGUCUUGCACAGGCUCGGCUACCGGACUGUAACCGAGUCGCGAGCGGAAUAUUUCAGGAGGCGAAAAGCGUUCAUUUAUUGCGAACCGGAUUUAUACAGGACAACUACGAUGUCAUUUGCACGGGUCUGCUUGGGAGCUCUGCUGCUGUGGACGGUUGUUUCUGACGUUGCAGGUAAAGUUUCCCCCACCAAUUAUGAUGCCCUGCUCAAUGCCCCUGCUGCUACUGCCACCUCCAGCCCCCCAGAACUUUACCUUCCUGCCAGCUUCAAGCUCUCCAACACCCAAUUGGCCUUCUUUCUUCAAGAGAGCCGAACUCCAGGCCGAAAUGUCCAUGGUGGCCACCCCUUGCAACGUUCUGAGAGCUUUGUGGUUUUUCAGACCAGGGAAUUACCCUCAGUCAACAUCUCUCUGGGUCCUUUCACCCAGGACCAGACUCUUUCCAAAGAUCUUUUACAACCUUCAAGUCCCCUGGACAUCCCGGGUAGACUGACAGUCAAUUGGAAGGUGCGAGCCUUUAUUGUACAGUCUAAGGUAUUUGCAAGCAACCCAGUGGUCCAGGUGCUAUUUUACAUUGCAGGCCGGGACUGGGAUGACUUCAAGGUCCAGGACAAGCUGCCUUGUGUGAGGUUACAUGCCUUCCGAGAUGUUCGGGAGAUCAAGACUUCUUGCAGGCUCCAGGGUAACUUGGCACAGUGCUUGGCCCAGCUGGACCUUCCUUCUACCUGGUUCAAUGUCAACGUGGCACCUUUGGGCCGCAGGAAGUCCUCAGUGGCAGAUGUUCUGGAGAUGACUGGGGAAACCCUCCAAGCGGAGCUCUACUACACUCUCCAUGAUCCAGACAUCAAAGGGGAGUGUAGCGAUAGUUACCCCCGGCGAGGAGGAGGUUCCAGGGGGGAGAGCACAUCCCAGCAGCCAUUACUUCGGAUAGGAAGCAUCAGCUUAUACCAGCCCAGUCAGGAGCAGUUGGUAGUGGACAAGCAACUGGACAAGAACCUCUUCUUAAGGCUACCUGACAAACCGUUAAAGCCUGGCGAGACUCUUAACAUCUACCUGUAUUUGGUGCCGAACUCGACAGUGGAACAGUUCACUCUCAAGGUGAAAGCGAAGAAGGGGGUGAAUCUCCUCAGCACCAAAUCGAAGAGCAUCCAGUGGAAGGUGGACUGGGAGGUGCAGUCUGGAGCCAAGCACUCCAUCGCCACAGUGGAAGUCAGCAAGCUGAAAGGCGUUUCCGGCGACGUGGCUGCCAACCUGGAAAUCAUGCAGCUGGAUUUUGAAAUGGAGAACUUCACAAGCCAGUCAGUGACGAGGAGGAUCAACUGGAACAUCGAUUACCGCGGCCAGAAUCCGCCUCCAGACUCGGACAAGGUGGUGACCGAGUUAACAGUGGUGCAGAAGGAUAUUCAGGCCAUCAUACCACUGUCCAUGGACACAGAGAUUAUCAACACAGCCGUGCUGACAGGCCGGACCGUCGCCAUCCCAGUUAAAGUUGUCUCCAUAGAGCUGAGUGGGAUGGUCACAGACAUCUCCUCAUUCGUGGAGUGCAAGUCGUCCAACGAGGACAUUGUCAAGGUGUCUAUGAGCUGCGAUUAUGUGUACGUGAAUGGUAAGGAGACACGAGGCUCCAUGAAUGCACGUGUGAUCUUCAGUUAUGAGCACCUGAGCUCCCCUCUGGAGCUCACCGUUUGGGUGCCUAAGCUGCCUCUAAACCUCCAGCUCUCCGAUAACAGCCUUAGCUUCAUCAAGGGAUGGAGGGUACCAAUCCUCCCUGACCGCAGGUCAGCUCGUGACAGUGAUGAUGACGAUGAAGAUGAAAGGAAGGUUAGCCGUGGCUGCACACUGCAGUACCAACGAGCCCAGGUGAAGGUUCUCACCCAGUUCCACACUACCUCCAGCGAGGGCACCAACCAGGUGAUCACUAUGCUGGGGCCUGACUGGCAAGUGGAUGUCACGGACCUGGUACAAGAUUCGCUGAAAGUUAUGGAUCCCCGGGUGGCCGAAUUAGUAGAUCACACUGUGUUGGUGGCCCUGGAGCAGGGAUCUACCACACUGAAGGUUGAAUCCCCACUAGCGGUGGAGGCCGUGCUGGGCGAGGUGGCGUUCUCUGUACUGGAUGAUAAAGUUUCCAUAAUAGAUCUGCGUGUCCAUGCAAUUUCUGGACUGACCCUGAGUCUCCAGCCCAGUCCAGGAAACAGUCACACCAUGGUGGCAAAGGCAACAGGGCUACAGACGCUGUCCACUCUUAAACAGGAAGCCAGCCUCUCCAUUUGGACUUAUUUCAGUGACAACACAGCAGCCCCACUAAGUAUAUAUGACCCCAAGGAUUACAACCUCAACGCCUCAACAUUGGAUGAUAAGGUGGCCUCUGUUUCCCAAGAGCCUCAGCAAAGGUGGCCAGUCAUCGUUGCAGAGGGGGAGGGAUCUGGGGAGCUUGUACGUGUGGAAAUGACCAUAUGUGAAGCAUGCCAGAAGACUAAACGAAAGAGUGUUAUAGCUUCUUCCCCGGCUCAUGUGAAAGUGCGGUUUGGUCCUGACGAGGACUCUGAAGAGGAAGAGGAUGAGGUGGAGGUGGAGACCAAAUUGCCUCUCAAUACAGGGAGACCGAUCCUUGAUCCUAACAUGGGUGGUACUGGAUACGAGCCGUCCAAUGAGCAGCCAGCAAGCGUGCCCAUUGACUAUACCAACUUCCCCACUAUCAGUAACCAGGAUCGGCCAACUGUGGAGGAAGCGGGUGAAGAAGACGAGUUUACCCACUCGCCUCGCAGCAUGACUGACUUGGAGAUCGGCAUGUAUGCCCUCUUGGGUGUUUUCUGCCUGGCCAUUCUGGUUUUCUUGAUCAACUGCAUUGUGUUUGUCCUCAAGUACCGCCACAAGCGAAUCCCACCCGAAGGUCAAGCCAACAUGGAUCACUCCCACCACUGGGUGUUCCUAGGGAACGGGCAGCCCUUACAAGCUCAGAGCGACCUUUCACCCCAGACAGCCGAAAGUCCAAGUAAUCCUUUGGAAGGGCCACAGACUUGCUGCCAUGGAGAUCACCACAGCAGUGGCAGCUCCCAGACAAGCGUGCAGAGCCAAGUGCAUGGACGAGGAGAUGGCAGCUCGGGCGGCUCCACCAAGGAGCAUGGCGAAGAUGCGAGUUCACCCACGUCCAAGCGCAAACGAGUCAAAUUCACCACCUUCACCACACUUCCUGCUGACGAGCUGCCCUACAACUCGAUCCCCAUCGCCGAUGAUGAUGAUAUCCAGUGGGUGUGUCAGGACAUGGGGUUCCAGGAUCCUGAAGAACUACACAACUACAUGCGCAGGAUAAAAGAAAUAGCCUAAUGGUGGCUAUGGGAUUUCUUAAACAAACCUUUCCUUUCUAAUCUUCUCUUUUUCCCCUCACUCUUAAGAAUUUAUCUUUUCACACAAACAGAGAAUGUGACCAAGGACCUCCUGUCCUGUUUCUCCCUGGGUGUUACUUUGCACAGUGCUCUUGCUCUUUUAAACGUUCACAGGUUUUUGGAACUUUUACUUAAAGCAGAGGAUGGAAAGCCAAAUACGAGACUAGGUGAUCUUUUAAUCUCUAGCACAAAUGGCUAUACAGUGUAUGUCAUCCUUUCUCAGAUGAAGAGGACAUACAAUCUCAAAAGGGAACACACAGAGUUUUGAGUUCUGAGCAGUGGUGUCAAAAUGGAUUCCUCAAGUGCUCCAUCACUCCAGUUGGGAGAAGAUAUGGGUCACCCUGCCACGGACAGGAUAUUUCUCAGAGGAAUGCUGCACUGUGUCCGUAGGUUUUUUUUUUUGUUGUUUUUUUUUCUCCUUUUCAAACAUCCGAGUAUUCUUCUCCAACAAAGAGGCCUUUGUAGUGCAGAUUUCCAUUUUACUCAGAGAAAGGUGUUUGAGUGGGGUUGUCCUCGCGCCAUCAUUGGCUACCAUUCAGUAAAUAUCAAAGACAGUACAGCAUUUUGGCCAGUAUUGACAAAUGUCGUCUCUCCUUCCCAUUGUUCAAUGUCAUAUUUCUGCCACAUUAUUUUUUGUACUAUUAUUAUAAUUUUUCAUAUGUGUAGCAUUUUCUACAUCAUACCACGUCCAUUUGGCAUGACAUCUCUGGUUCACUCACUUUCCUGAUAAACAUCAGAUGCCUUAUUAAAUCAGUUUGAAUCAUCACAACCUUUGUGUUGACACCAUGUUUGUUUGCAUCCCAAAGGGUCAACGCAAAAAAACAAAAACAAAAAAAGAAAAAAAACAGGUAGCUACCCAAACUACUGUGUGUAAUUGAAAUUGAUAUUAUCAGAGGUGAAGGGAGGGCACUUUGUAUGUUAUGACAUUAAAAUAUCUUCAUAUCUCCAGCAUUUGUAUGCAUGAAAGGAGAGUUUGAGACACCGCCAGCUGUUAUACCCCCUCCCCAGGAUUUGUAAAUGUGUGUCUUGUAAUAAUUAUCUAAUCAUACAUACAUAAGGACCAGUAGAGGACAUAUAAUGUUGUGACAUGCUUUACAUGCAUGCAGUUUCAGACAUUUUGCCUCUUGUGUACAUACCAUAUUAUUGUCUACUGACACUCAUUUUUAAUUAACGUUCAUGCUUCAGUUCUCCUUGAGAGAGAAUGAGAGGAUAGAUACAGAGGUGCUGACAUCUACUUUUUAGGCUUAGCAUUUACUUUUUAUAAAAUGGGCAAAUUCACUGAAGGGGAAAGGAAGCGGGACGUGAAAGAUGUGCAUUUGCUUCUGGUAGUGUUUACUUUCACUCACGCCAGCUUUAUCUAUGUGAACUUUAACGCCACGGUUUUGCAAGCCAAUACAUAAAACAAGUGGGGGGGGUAGUUGUUAUCUGCUUAUAAGGAAUCUCCUAAGGCAAAAGUUUAUGUUCUUGCAAGCAUUUUUCUGUUAAAAAUGUGGGCACCUCUGUAGCUGUUUUAGAUUUGUCCAUUAUUUCAAUCUCAUUCCUUUUCUUCUUCUUUUUUUUUUACCAGUAUAGCUCAUUCUUUUCCCAAGGAAACAAUGCUAAUUAAAACAGAAGAAACCUUCUUGAGCACAUGCAAGAGGCAUGUAUCUGUGCUGUAGAUGAAUCAAAUUGUAAUGCCUAUUGUGAUCACUAACUUUCUUUGCGAAACUGUUUACUCUUAUUUAUACCGGUUGUUUGUUCAUAUUGAUUUUUUUUAUUAUUAAAAUAAGACUGGAAGUAAUGCUUUAUUAUGUUUGCCUUUUUUUACAUUAGUAAAUGCCUUGGGAAAAUGCAAAAUUUCAGCUUGUUUUAUGCAAGGUUUAUGUCUUAUUUGAUUUUCUUUAGUUAAGUAUUUGCAACUUUAUUGAUACACUGAUUAUAUAGACACGGUCGAUUUUUUUAUAGCGCACAUUAAAGUCAGUGUAUGCACUGAAACUGCUAGUUCGAAUUUAGUAGGUUGGGGAAGGAUUGUUCUAAAGAUUCAAUCAAUUUCAUUCAUUCACAAACACAUUCAUUUCUCCAUUGUGUGUAACUUGUGUCUUGCUCACAUGCAUCCAUUAAUAACUAUAACAUGACUAAGUGUAUUUGUGUCAUUUGGUUUAUUUGUUGGGUUUUAUCCUGGCUUAAAAGGUGCAACCAUUUGCACUCAAUCUCAGAAUCAGAGAGGACCUAAUAAUGACCCCUGCAGCACCUCCUAAACUACAUUUGCAACAAAUUACAAAGAUUCUAUUAAAAUUAUUUACUGGAGCUCAUGGAAUUUAUUUAAGUUAUGGAAAUGAAAUGGAAAACAUGUAUAUUUUUCAUUCUAUUUUUCCAAACAUCCUUCACUUUCAAUGUUUAACCCGUUAAGUAUCGGUAAAAUAUUUUGCUUUCCGACCCAAAUGCAAUUCACUCGUACAGCGAUGGUGGCUCAGGAUGAAUGUAAAAUCAAAACUGAGUAAUAUACCAACCCAGUGUAUUGUUAAGGUUAUCCAGUAGGGCGUUAAUGCUUAAUAAAAGUACAGGCAAGUUUCUAGUAGCAGCUCACACACAUUUAUUUUUUUCAUUUCAGUGUCACGAAAGAAUGUUAACAACAUUUUGCAUUUCUUUUCUUUAUGUAUAUGGACGUGCAAAUAAUUUGCCAUUUUGAAACCACAGUGUCUGUUUUUCAAAGGAGGUGCUACUAGGUCUUUGCCCUGACCUCAUCAUCGGAUGUGGACUUGUACGUUAAAGCUCGACUCUAUGGGAACCUGCUAAAGCACGGAAAUGGCAGUGCUAUGCUGCCUCACUCUUAAUGUACAGAGCACUGUUACGACUUCCUGUAUUUUCCUGGAUUAAAAAAAAAAAAUCGAACACCCUUGUAUUCCCCACUUAUAUGUAAGUACUUAUGAAAAUACAAUACAGAAACCUU